CAGUUCGGGGUAUCACUUCCGCUGAGUUUCCCUAGUAACCCACAUGGAGACCGAGUUCCCUGUGUUUUGAGUUUCGGCGCCGAUUCUGGCGGUGAUAAUUUGUCGGAAGCACAGGAGGCAUUUCCGUCAUCGUAAACCUGCCUUAAACUUUUUACAUCACACAUAUUUAUAAAGUAACAGUAACUAUGAAGAUCGAAGAGGUGAAAAGCACCACGAAAACUCAGCGGAUCGCCACUCACAGUCACGUUAAAGGACUCGGGCUAGACGAGGCCGGGAAUGCUAAACAGUCAGCAUGUGGUCUAGUGGGCCAGGAGGCUGCGAGAGAGGCUUGUGGCAUCAUUGUCGAGCUGAUCCGUUCAAAGAAGAUGGCAGGAAGGGCAGUGUUACUGGCAGGGCCACCUGGAACAGGAAAGACUGCCCUUGCCUUGGCUGUUGCACAGGAGUUGGGAAACAAAGUGCCUUUCUGCCCCAUGGUUGGCAGUGAGGUCUAUUCAUCUGAGAUUAAAAAAACAGAAGUACUGAUGGAGAAUUUCAGGAGGGCCAUUGGACUGCGUAUCAAAGAAACAAAGGAGGUGUAUGAAGGGGAGGUGACAGAGCUGACCCCCUGUGAGACUGAGAAUCCCAUGGGUGGCUACGGAAAAACCAUCAGUCACGUCAUCAUCGGUCUGAAGACGGGCAAAGGCACAAAGCAGCUCAAGCUGGAUCCCAGUAUUUAUGAGAGUCUUCAGAAAGAGCGUGUGGAAGUGGGAGAUGUCAUCUACAUUGAAGCCAACAGUGGAGCCGUCAAGAGACAAGGUCGCUGUGACACUUUCGCUACAGAGUUCGACCUGGAGGCAGAGGAGUACGUGCCGCUGCCCAAAGGUGAUGUCCACAAAAAGAAGGAGAUAGUCCAAGAUGUCACACUGCAUGACCUGGAUGUUGCAAAUGCCAGACCCCAGGGAGGCCAGGACAUUCUCUCCAUGAUGGGACAAUUAAUGAAGCCCAAAAAGACUGAAAUCACAGAUAAACUGCGUGCUGAGAUUAACAAGGUGGUGAACCGCUACAUCGACCAAGGUGUAGCAGAGCUCGUACCUGGAGUGCUGUUUGUGGAUGAGGUGCACAUGCUGGACAUUGAAUGCUUCACAUACCUCCAUCGUGCACUCGAGAGCACCAUCGCCCCCAUUGUUGUGUUCGCCUCUAACAGGGGAAACUGUUUGAUUAGGGGGACAGAAGACAUCUGUUCUCCACACGGGAUUCCUCUUGACUUGCUGGAUAGAGUCAUGAUAAUCCGCACCUUGUUGUACACAGCCCAGGAGACGAAGCAGAUCAUCAAGAUCCGUUCUCAGACUGAAGGAAUCAAUAUUAGCGAGGAAGCUCUUACACACCUGGCAGAGAUCGGCACCAAGACCACCCUCAGGUACGCUGUACAGCUACUGACACCAGCCAGCCUGCUGGGUCGUGUUCAGGGAAAAGAGAACGUAGAGAGGGAGCAGAUAGAGGAAAUCAAUGAGCUUUUCUACGAUGCAAAGUCCUCCGCCAAAAUCCUCCAAGAUCAACAUCACAAGUUUAUGAAAUAAAAUGUACGCCUCAGCUUUCACAACUGGCAGGGCUGGUGUUCAGCCAGCUGUUACAUAGUUCACCUUGAUUCUCCAUAUUUUUUCAUGUCUUCUUUUUCUUUGUUUUUCCGUCUUUACCCUCCACAACACGGCUCAUUCUAGUGUCCCGGCCUCAUCUACUGUAGUAGUUUUUGUUCUAAAAACUUUUAUUAAUUUCCUUUGUUGAGUCAUUUUUUGAAUAAAAAGCGAACAAAG